AUGGACGAGAAUGGAUCUCUCUAUGUCGUUGACAAUCGAAAACAUGAAGUGAGAUGGCAUAAAAUUGGUGAGACCAAAGGAACAGUGGUUGCAGGCGGCAAUGGACUAGAAGAUUGUCUCAAUCAACUCUCCAAGCCCCGCUACGUAUUUGUCGAUCGAGAUCAUUCAGUGUACGUGUCUGAUUCGGGAAAUCAUCGUGUGAUAAUAUGGGGAAAAGAUGCAAAACAAGGCAUUGUCGUAACCGGUCGUCAAGGACAAUGGAAUAGUGUUACACAAUUGUCAGGUCCUAAUGGAGUCGUUAUCAAUCAAUUGGGUACUGUCUGUGUGGUUGAUACGGGGAAUCGUCGAAUCAUGUGUUGGCCCAAAGGAGCUACAUAG